UUCCCACAGUACUUGAAUGCGUCAUGAGCGCAGACGCUUGUGUGGAACAGGCUGUUUUAUCUUCACGGACUUCAAAACUCAGCGUCCCUUUUUCGUCUUUUCCUCCCUGGAUUUUAAAGAAACUUUGUAAGUUUCCACUUCAGUUGGUGUGUUAGAGCACAGAGGGAACAGAGUGGAGCAGAGUCUCCGCUGCAGCUGCACAGAUGUUUUCACUUUGACCUCCUCCUCCUCUUGUCUGGUGCCUGGGGAGACGAGGAGGACACAGUCGAUGGACAUCCUUCCAGUCACAUAAGUGAUUUGCACUUUAAGCCCUGUCAUAAUCAUGUGAGAGGAGGUGAUUCUUCACACCUCAGCCAAGAAGAUGAAGAAAAAUCAUCUGAUUUCCUCACUGCAAACUCAAAUCUGACUGAUAACAUCUGUCCUGAAUGUCUUCAUGAAGAGUCAGGACCGUUCACUACCAUGAGGCUGCUGAGGAAGGUGGUGAUGAUGAGGAGGAUUCUCCAUGUGAAGGGAGAUGUGCUGUGCACCAUGAUGCUGCUCGUCCUGUUCUGUCUGCUUCUCUACGCCCGACAGGUCAUGCUCUCCUCUGGGUGGGACAAACCUCUGUGGAAGCUGGAGAUUCACGGCUCUACCAGCUCCAGUCGGACCCUGCUGGGAGCCAGAGGGACUAAAGUGGACCAGAAGUCUCCGGGGGAACCAUCCAGCCCUCCAGCACCACAGCUGCCUGCCUGUAAGCCCGAGUCCAACACCAAACCUCCUCAGGCCAAGUCCAAAUCUAAGGGGAAAUCUAAGGGGAAAUCUAAGUCCAGACGGAAGAAUCUUGUGCCGACCAAGGCUGCCGGCAAACCUCUGCCCACGAGGCCACCGUUUGACUUUGAGGGUUACCUGAGAGAAAAGGACAACAGAAACUUUCGGCUGCUCAUAGAUCAGCCCGAGAAAUGUCACAUCAGAGGAGAAGAGGGAGGAGGAGGAGGAGCAGGAGGAGGCAGGGAUGAAACGGGAUCCACUCCUGCUCUCCACAUGCUCAUUGCAGUCAAAUCUGUUGCUGCAGAUUUUGAUAAACGUCAGGUGGUGCGUCGGACAUGGGGUAACGAGAGACGUUUCCAUGACGGUGUGUCCAUCCGUACAGUUUUCCUGCUCGGCGUUCCCAGAAAUCGGAGUUCUCUGCCUCUGUGGGAUCGACUCCUGACGUAUGAGAGUCAAACGUUUCAGGAUAUCCUGCUUUGGGACUUUGAAGACACUUUCUUCAACCUGACGCUGAAGGAAACACACUUUCUGGAAUGGGUCAACAGCAGCUGUCCUCAUGUCAAGUUCAUCUUUAAAGGCGACGCGGACGUGUACGUGAAUGUGGAGAACAUUUUAGAGAUGUUACACGGCCAAAAGCCAGAUAAAGAUCUGUUUGUCGGGGACAUUAUCAUCCACGCUAAACCCAUUCGCCGGCGCAGUUCCAAGUAUUACGUGCCCGAGUUUGUGUACGGUGGAGGUUUGUACCCGAACUACGCCGGAGGAGGAGGGUUCGUCAUGUCGGGACAUACAGCUCGCAGACUCAGCUCUGCAUGUCAACAGGUGGAGUUGUUCCCCAUCGAUGACGUCUUUUUGGGAAUGUGUCUCCAGCUGAUUGGCGUCAAACCCUCGCGGCACCAGGGUUUCCGGACCUUCGGGAUCCCCCGUCCAUCCGCCGCGCCGCACCUGGAGACGUUCAACCCGUGUUUCUACAGAGAGCUCAUGGUUGUCCACAGCCUCAGUGUCCCGCAGAUCUGGCUCAUGUGGAACCUCCUGCACGACCCCAGUCUGAGCUGCCACAACAGGACCGACGUCCCGACGUCCUGGCCCUUUAGGUGGAGAGAGGGGACGGGGGAGGCAGCGGGAGAAGAGACGGACUACGGCGCCAAGCGGGUGUUUGUCACACAUGAGUGACCUUUGCUGGGUCAAGCUUUGAAAGAACGGUGAUGUGCUAAAAACAUGAGGAUUUAUUCAAGCUGGAGGAAAUGAAUUGGCAAAUGUGUUUUUAAAUGUUUCAUUAAAGAAUCCCAAAGCACGGCUCUUAAGGUGCAUGUGAACCACCAACAGCAAAGACUGUGGGACCAGUUGAAUCUCUGGACGUUUGAAUGUUUAAUCCUAAGAAUGUGUUCACAUGGAAAACAUGGCUAAAUGUGGUUAACUGGAUUAACCCCAUCCAAGGUGUGUGUGUGUGUGUGUGUGUGUUAUAGUUUUAGUUCAAAAAAGCCCUUAACUCUUACUUCAGUAAGUAAGACUGAGAUUGACAGUGGGACAGAGGGACAGAGGGAGGACAGCGUCAGAGACGUCUUCAUGUUGUGAUGUGCAUGUUCUCUUCUCCAUCUGCUGAAUAAAAGCACAAUAAGACA